UAAGUAGUGUCACAGUACUUUUGGAUCAUUUUGAAGAGAAAGAAAAAUUUUUAUACAGAUAGUUUUUAGUGACGAGUUUAUACUCUAGGACAGUCUAAUUGUAAUUGUACAAUAAGUAGUACCGUAAUUUAUUUUUGGUGUGCUAUUUGAGAUCUUGAAUUAGCGACCACGGUAAAGAACUCAAAACUGCUGUUGCACUUUGAAAUAUACAGGUCGACUUGGAGAAGCCUUCCACCUGGACCACAAAAUUUUUUGGUGCGUGAACUGUAAAGGCAGAAAAGCUGAAGAUCGAUUCCCAAAUGUUUAUAUGGCUCUCGGAAGUUUUAAUUUUGGCGCUCUGGGACUGGCCGAGAACGCCGACGUGUCCGAUGUCUUCGAGCGCGCCUUUAAUCCAACAUUUGUGAAACUCUUGUCGCAAACUUCCGUCCCGAAAGCAGAAUGGCAGCAUCUGUUUUUCACCGUCUACAAAUAUGUGAUAUGGUUCGACGACGCAGACCACGUGCUGGCCACCAAGCUGUACCAGUGUCUGCGCACGGACGUCGAACAGUGCGCACAAUCCGUGGCCGAGUACAUCAACGAAGAGGACGAUCGGAUCUUUCUGGAGAAGUACGUUAAACGCUGGAACGACUUCUAUGUGCAGUCGUCGCAUGCGCCUCUCCCGUUCCAUUCCGUGGAUACGGCGCUGCUGGAGCAGACAGAUUUCGCGCGGCAGAGUAAGCACGACAAGGACUCCAUGAAGCCCAUUCAGCGCAUGAUGCUGCAGGUGUGGCAGGAGAUCGUUCUGACGCCGCUGGCGACACGGCUGCUGAAGAUUGUCGCGGACAUGCUCAAUGUAGAAAGGGAAGGGGGGUUUAUUUUCGGCGAUCUCAUUGUCGGCGUACGGGAUUCGUUUUUGUAUGUCAGUGCGUCCAAAUCGUUUUUCGAACAGAAUUAUGAACAGGUGUACAUUAGCAGUCUGGAAAGAUAUUUUAUGCAAGCGGCUACCUCGCGCUUUACCACAGGAAACGUGGUUGAAUACUCCACAUGGGCGGAGCAGACUUUCCAUGAUGAACAUGCACGUGCCAAAAAGUACCUGAGCUCGUCUCCCAAGUAUAAAGAACCUGUCAAUCGAAUGAACGAGCGUUUAGUGGAAAUUCUGAUUCAGAAUCCGCAAAUUUAUGAUGCUGUUUCUAAUGAAGCAUGCCGUUUGGUCGAGGAACGACGAAGUGAACCCUUGAGCGUUUUGUAUCAAUUGUUGGACCGUGUGCCGGAGGGAUUAGAGCCGUUAAUCGCUGCUGUGCAGGCAUAUAUCGUUCGUAAAGGAAAGGACGAUAUGCUGGAAUCGGCUAGCGUUGUGGCCUCUGAUCCUGAGAAAUACGUGGAAAAACUCCUGGGUUUGUUUCGGUCUUUCUCCCAGUUGAUUAUUGAUGCCUUCAACGAAGACCAUCGAUUCACGUCUGCUCGAGACAGAGGCUUCCAAGAAGUGGUCAACGAUACUAGUGUGUUUUCCUUCCAGCUGAAGGGCCGAACAGGAAAUCUGGAAUCUCGUUGUCCAGAGAUGCUGGCUAAUUUCUGUGAUUCUUUGUUGCGGAAAACCGCUCUUAGUCGACGACUGGGGUCGGAAGAGAUUGCUCAGCGAUUGAAAAGCACAUUGCAAGUGUUGAAGUAUGUAUCCAGCAAGGAUAUUUUUAUGCAGUUUUAUCAGAAUAAUUUGGCGAGACGGCUUCUUCUUGGGCUCUCGGUUGAUUCGGAUUUGGAGGAAGAGAUGAGUAAAUGGCUGGCUAAUGUGGGUAUGCCGGCGGAGAUCAUAUCGCGAAUAAAUCGGAUGUUCAUGGAUAUCAGAAUCAGCGAGGAUCUUAGUAGAGCCUGGCAGGAGUAUGCGAGUGGCGCGGGUUUGCGAUCGAGGAAUGGGGAAAUCGAUCCUAAAGUGCUGAAUGUUUGUUCUUGGUCGAAACCAGGCGAACGGACGGCUUGCGCAAUUUCGCCGGAAGUGGAAGAAUUCAUCGUUGAAUUUGAGAAGUGGUACUGCGAACGAUAUCAGGGACGCAAGCUCGUGUUGGCGGGAAACAGUUCCAACAUGGUCAUUCAGUUCGAAUCACGAAUGGGGACGUACGAGCUUGAAGUGACGAUGUUUCAGUGGGCAGUGCUAAAAGCUUUUAAAGAUUGUGGAAAAGCAAAAUUGGGUUUCGAAGCUGUACAAAUGGCAACUGGAUUGCCUCUUGUCGAGUUGAAGCGCACGCUUUGGACGCUUUGUACCAUGUCGAAAUGUGGUAACCAGGUGAUGGGCUUUGCCUCCCGGGAGCGGUGUGAUAAUCAAGGAAUUGCGUCCGGGUUUUCUGCAAAAGAUAUAGAUAAACAUACUGUGUUUUGGCUGAAUAUGAAUUUCGCACCGGUUCGUGCUGGAAGGCCACAAAGACGCGGCCGGAUAAAUUUAAUCGGGAAGCUACAAAUCGGUUCGGAUCGGUCUAUUGAGGAGGAUCAAGAAGGCAUUGCGGUGCUGCGAGAGCUGCGUGUUCAAGAAGCGAUAACCAAGGUGAUGAAAACGCGGAAAACGGCUUCCAUGACAGAAAUCCACACUGAGACAAUUGAAUUGUUGAAAAAUUUGUUUGUCCCCACUCGUAAAGUUCUGAAGGAACAAAUUGAAUACCUUAUCGAAAAAGAAUAUAUAUCUCGUGAUGAGCGGGAUUUUGGUGUUUUCCACUAUGUGGCUUGAUGAUAGUGUAUGUUGUUAGGCGAAAGAAUUUGUUUUUACAGUAAUUUUUCCCGGUGAGAAUCUCCGAUGGCAUGACUUUGGAUUUUCGGCUGUACUUUGUUGAAAAUAAGAUGUUUGCCUUUUCCAGCCCUGUUUCGUAAGCAA